AUGCCUGCGGUACCAACAAACUCUCCAGUCGACCCAAGAAGAAAAGAACCAUUGAUUCCAGAGGCAUAUUUAGAUGUACCUACCCAGCGCCUAUACUGCCUGAGUCUGGGAGCCUUUAUCCAGGCUGUGAAGCUAUUCGAUUUCUUCCGCUACAUUGCGUCGUCUGACGAAUCGCAAAGCUUAUGUGUAAAAUGGCUGGCCAUCGAUAUCGCAUCCUGCCUAUUUCUCUCACAACUGCGCAUUCCCCGCCUGAACUAUGCCACUUCCGUGGUCGCGUUGCAAAUAGUUGCUCUGUGUUUCUUUGACGGGCUGAUGUUUGGUGGUGUCAGUUUAAAUCUGGCGAGAGCUGGAGGUGAAAGCAGCAUAUCCCCGGAGGGAUACUCGGGACGCGGGGAUUUACCCUCUGCUCCUCAAGCUUGGAGUUAUCUGGAUUACCUAUCGCCUUUCUUUUUCGGCGCUCUUUCAUCCUCAUACGGUGCCUCCGGUGACUCACAUCUUCUCGGUCAACAUACUGUUCGGAUGUCACCUAUUAGCACCGCAAAUCUCAACCCCAAUGGCUUGACUUUUUGUUUGUCUUCGCCUGGUGAUGUCGCUCUCGUCCCUGUUCUUCUAAACAACACCAAUCCUUCAUCUCUACGGUAUUCUUUGACACCUUUGGGACAGCCCCGAGAAAACGGCGCGGAAUAUUUUGAUUUGUCGUCAAAGGAGUUAAAGGCAAUCGAGCAAGCGCAUUUAGAUGCGCUACAAGUGGUGAAACCUUCAACUUUAUCCAUUAAUGAUGAUGAAUAUGACGAAUACGACGACGAAGAAGAAGAAGAUAGUAACGACUACAAUGACGAGCAGUCUUCCCUACAGAAGACCCAGUCCCUAGUGCAUAUACGACUCACGAAACCGGGUAACGUUCGUUUAGAACGUAUUCUUGACGCCUCUGGUAUCGAAUCGCGACUAGUAUAUCCAGCAGAGGUUGUGGUAGUUCCGUGUCCGCGAGUAGCGUUUGUUGGAGACAGCAACCUCGACAUCCGCUGCGCAGGAGGGGAUCCCGACCACCAACUUAUGAUUGAUAUCAGUGGUGUCACUCCCUUGAGCCUCAGGUGGUUUAAGAUGAUAAAUGGGAAACAGGAGAGCUUCCUUGUAGAAGGCAUCGAAAGCAAUCAUGACGCGGAAUUGAAAGGAACAGGCAUGGAGGUGACUCGGAGACAGUUGAUACCUUCACAGUUGCAGGUACCACUGUCAGUAUCAUCCGAUACAGUCGGAACACAUCUCUAUGUACUGGAGGAGGUCAUGGACGCGGUGGGCAACACUGUUCGUGUUGGCUCUGAUUCGCCAUCAUCGACAUCAGGGCAAGGCGAGUCAUUCAGUACUACGACCACCCGUUCUUUCCAGGUGCUUCGUCGCCCAGCAGUGUCGUUCAAGCAUUGCAGCCCUGGUAAUCCAACGCCUCUCCUCAUUGGUUCCGAAGCGUCAUUAACCAUAUCGGCAAAUGAGGCUGAUUCAUUUGACUUACCUUUGGAGGUUACGGUCGAAUACCAACCCUCACAUGGAUCAGAUAGUGGCAGUCUCGAUGUGAAACGUUUCAAGUCAUGGAGGAAGACACUGUCGACACAGGACAACCGAAUGGAUCUAAACAUCCAGGCUGGCGCACCUGGUGAAUACGCAAUUGAGAAGGUUAAAGGAAAGUGGUGUAAAGGUGAUGUCCUUGCUCCAGAGACGUGCCAAGUCGUCGAAAGGCCUUUCCCCUCCGCUGAAAUAGACUGGAAAAAAAUCCAUGAGUGUUCUGGGGACACCGGCGUUUCUGCGGCGCUUGUAUUGCACGGAACGCCGCCAUUCCAUGUCUACUAUCGUAUUCAGCAAGACAGUCAACCACCUCGCAACAUAACAAAAACUUUUGCUACGUCUCGCGGAGAACUGACUAUCCAGCCAGAACGCAGUGGACAUUAUGUCUUCUCUUUUACUCACAUCAGCGAUGCCUACUAUAGGAAAGUAGAAUUGGACGGCCCUAGCAUCGAUCAAAUAAUUCACCCUCCUGCAUCGGCCGAUUUUUCUGGCGGGGAAAGAAGUGCUCCAAGGAGCAAGAGGCAAAUGAGUAGCUGCGAAGGCGGUUCAGUCGAUGUCGAUGUUGAACUUCGGGGCUCUGGACCUUGGAAUCUCGAAGUUCAAGUUGUCGGGCCAAAAAGUUCGGAUACACUGCUGAUCAAAAAUAUCGAGACUUCAAAGAAAACGCUUCAGAUACCAGUUCCAAAACAAGUGGACAGGACAGGUGGGACCUUUGAAAUUGACCUCGUCAGUGUAGAAGACAAGUACAAAUGCAAACGGCCCAUAUCUGUGCCUGGCAUUUCCGUUAAUGUCAGAAGGAUCAAGUCUACUGUAAAGUUUUACGGUGAACGCGACAAACGGCACGUCACUGUACUGGAGAAGGAGAAAGCCCGUUUACCUCUGCGCCUCACUGGGGAUGGACCAUGGAAGAUGAAGUAUCGUCGUUUGGAAGCCCCACAACAGGUCCUGACAGCAACUCUUACAAUACCAAAUGACUUCCUUCAUGUCACAGACAAGGGAACGUAUGAGAUUCUAGAGAUAUCCGACUCUCAAUGUCCGGGUUCCAUCGUUGCGGAUGGCUUGACGUAUCGCGUAGAUUGGAUCCCUAAACCAUCUGCAAAACUUUCUCAAACCACAGCGGCAACAUACGAGCCCUACAACGGCUCUUACAUUCUUCCGCCUAUUUGUGAAGGUAUGACUAAUCAUGUCGAACUUGAUCUUAGCGCAGGACGUCCUCCUUUUGAGAUCAUGUAUAACAUUGCGCAAAAUAGUGAGACUGGAGGAACAAAGCUCAUUGAUCAACCGACCUUCAAUAGCAUACAACCUCACACGCGCCUCCAGCUCCAGACAUCAAAUCCCGGACGUGUGUACUACGAAGUCAAGCAGAUUGGUGACUCGUCAUAUCCUUUGGCGAAGCAUCGGAAUGCGGUCAUUCCCCCGUCAGAACGGCUCUUGUUUGAACAACAUGUAUCCAUGCGUCCCUCUGCCCAAUUCAAGAACCGCCAUCGGGUUCCAUAUUGCCUCAAUGAUCCUUUCACACCUCUGGACCAUCUGUCUUCCGAUGGAAUGGUCCUCUUCCAGGGUACACCACCUUUCAAACUCCGGAUGUCCAUCAAAAAUGUCGCUGCCAGCCAUGUGGACGCGAAAACUAUCGAAACGUACAGUUCUGCCUGGAAGAUUGAUUUGCCUUCAUAUCAUUUCUUGAGCAUCGGUGCACAUCUUGUUACCAUUGACUCCGUGUCCGACGCGUCGAGUUGCGACCAUGCAGCAUUGGACCCUCUUGCAAGUUCUAUUUGGGUUGACGUCGCGGAAACAGCCGCCGUUGUUCCUUUCGACAAGCGUGAAGACUACUGUGUUGGUUAUCUGGCACAAUUCCAGCUAGAGGGCAUCCCUCCGUGGACCAUUGGGUACCGCAUCAAUGGACGCGCUUACACGCAGGAAGCCACGACUUCACCUUUCUCACUAAGUCAACAGCAGGCCGGAGAGUUUACAAUCACCUCCAUAUCGCAUCAACAAAAGAUGUGUAAAGCAGUUGUAACCGAUCUACGCUUCACUAUCCACCCACUACCUUCUGCUCAAGUUGGUCACGGAAAACGAAUCUAUCAAGAUAUCCAUGAGGGUGAUCAGGCAGAAAUUGUCUUCACCCUUAUCGGCGAGCCGCCGUUUACAUUCACUUACCAACGGUCUGAGCCUGUCACGAAGAAGGGUGGUAAACCGGGAAAAGUUCUUGAGACCCACACAGUCUCUCGAGUAUACUCAAAAGAAUACUCAAUUUUUUCGGCAUUAGAAGGUACAUGGACGGUAUCUUCAAUAUCUGACCGCUACUGUCGUUACCCAGCAUCUCAACCUGAUGCAGGAACAGAGAAACAAAAACGCUGA